AUGAAUGCAAAUCGGCCAGUUAAACAAUUUUCACUCGAUAAUAGUCAUUUUACGCCGGCAAUUUUGAAAGGAUACAAACGAUAUAGAGUCUUUGGAUGUGAUUAUCCCGCCAUUUUAAAAACAGAUGAAAAUCAAGAAACACGUGGAAUUCUCGUGAAAGGACUUACAUCGUCCGAAAUUCAACUAUUGGAUAAAUAUGAAGGAGAGCAAUAUGUGAGAACCGAUGUUGAAGUAUAUAUCGAAAAUACACCUUCAAAUCUACUUUAUCAACACAAUCGUUCAGCACUGUCGACAAGUCUUCCUUCCCUCAAUGCAUCAUCAUCCCUUAAACUUUAUACCAAAGAGGAGUACGAUGUCAUUUCAAAAUCUCCAAAAUCGUUAUUAGUACCAGCACAAACUUACGUGUGGAUUGACUCGCCGGCAUUACUGGAUGAUGUAGAAUGGGAUCCAGAAGAAUUUAAAAGAGAGAAACUCGAAAAAUGGUCCACUGAUGAUUAUGAAGAAUAUGCUCUUUGA